AUGAAGAUUGAGAGACGACCAGUCUGCCAGCGCUGUGCCCAGAUCAAGCAAGCGUGCGAUGGCCACAUUCCCUGCUCACGAUGCACACGGCUGAGCCUGCCUUGUCAAUCACGAUCGACAACCGACCAUGGUGGCCCGGCCAGUCCCUCGGGACCAAACCUCCCGACCGAGAUGCCUAAAGCGCGCAUCCACCGUGUGCAGACAGGCUGUGCCAUGUGCAAGCAGCGCAAGAAGAAGUGCGACGAGGCCAAGCCCAAGUGCGGCGAUUGCAGGAGACUGUGCCUGGACUGCUGUUGGCCGGCAGAGAAGCCCAAGGAUAGGGGCGGCCGAGCCAAGGAAACAAAGGCGCGCCGCGCGCCGCAAAAGGCCGAUUCCACAUGCUCUGCUGGCAUUGCUGUCGUCGCUCCCAUUUCGAUGGCGCUUUGGACUCCGAGUACAACAGCUGGCAGUGAUACGGACACGUCUCCGAGCUCGGGCAUGACGCACCCCUUUGGGGUAAUGGCCGUACGGCAGCAGAGCCCGAUGCUAGAUCCCUCUGCAGCUGCAAAUCACGACUUUCAGGAUUCCAGAGCUCCCGAUAUCGCGUAUGACCGCAGGUCGGAUACUCUCACGGCCGUCGUAACCUCUUUCAGCCCGCCCGGGUCGCCCAACAACUCCUUGUCGAUACACGUUCCGCAGUCCUUCCCCCGACUUCGAGAUACCCAGGACCGAGUGCUACUGGAUCAUUACCUGAGGGUCGUCUCACCACUCCUCUCGCGACGGUCGAGCCCGGCAUCGAAUCCGUACCUCCACUACCUGCUGCCCAUGGCCGAUUCGAACGAACUCGUUCUACAAUGUAUCCUCGCACUGUCGGGGAACCACUGGCGGAAGAUGCUGCCGCACAUGGGCCAUCGUGGGCUGCUUCACCAGAGUCGGGCAACACAAGCGCUGGCGUGGCUUCUGCCGCACGUAGAUAAGACCAGCGCCGACAUUGCGCUCGUCGGCAGCCUGCUGCUCUGCAUGACGGAGUUGUUUGAUGGCACAAGCGUCGGCUGGCAACCACACCUCCGCGGGGCGAAACGACUGCUGGCUGCUCUGCGGCAGCACUAUGGGGAUCUGUCCAGCGGCCAGUACAAGUUUCUGCUCAGGUUGUCCCGCUUCCUGGACUCAGCGGCGACCGUCGCGACGUGUCGAGCGCCACUUCUAGGGGAAGAGGCCCGUAAUGCGGAGGCACUGGAGAGCCUGGAUCUGGUCGCUGAUGCUGAGGACUCGGCCGUCUACGGCAUUCCGAAGGAGCUCUUCCACCUGGUUGACCUCGUCAACAUCCUGGCUGACAAACGUUCGACACGGGUGAGUGCAGAGUCGGAGGCGAUUUUCCGCGGAGAGGCCAAUCGGGUGGAGGAGAAGAUUAACCAGUGGUCGUACGACCACGGAGGUCUCCAUCGCGCCGUGCACAACCUUGCGCCAAACGAGGCGGAUGCCCUCCACGCCACCCUGGCGUUCGAACAUGCGCUGCGCCUGCGCCUGCAUCAGGUCGUGGAAGGGUACGCUCAGGACUCGCCCAAGGUGGUGCACGCUGUCAACUCGAUACUGGAUUGCGUGCAGAAGAUUCAUUACGGGAGGCCGCUGGAGCCGUGCUUGCUGUUCCCGCUUGUCAUGGCCGGCGGCGCGUGCUGGUCGUUGGAGCAGCGCACGGUAAUCCUAGAUCGACUCAUGGUCAUGGAGCGGACGUGCGGAUUUGGAUAUGUGUACAACGCGAGAGACUUGGUCGAGCGAGUCUGGGCCAGGCGAGACGACGGUGGUGGUGCAGAGGUGAACUGGGCCAAAAUCCGGUAUGAAGAGAUGCAUGGUCUCGUGGUGUUUUGA